UACUAUUACAUAAAGUUACAAUUCAAGAAUGACAUGUAAUUGUCAACUUAAAUUUUAGUAUAACCCAAAAUAUAUUUAUAUAACCAAAUGUUUCGUCGUAUAAACCAAACAAUAUCCGAACGCUGCGAAAGCGGUUUUUGCACAGUAGUUGCUCAAAGAUAUGUUGUCGCUUUUAUAAUGUGUCUCAAUAUCACGCAAUUUAAAACGUUAUCGUUAUGCUAUGAGACAUCUUUAUUGUACCUAAUCGAUUGGGGAGGAACAAACACUUCUAAUUUAACUAAAGAUCCAAACGCCAUGUUUGUAAUCAACGAUACAAUACCCAGUGGAAGUCUCUGCACCGAAUCGGCGGUGAUGAUACCGUAUUCUAUGAUAACCUCCCAAAUGGAUUUUGACGCAUUGUUUAUGUCAAAUAAUAUUUAUUGUUAUACGUUAUUAAUUACGCAUCUCCCGGUGGGGUUAACGUGUGAUAAAUUAGGGAUUAGGAACUCAAUUAUUGCUUCAUCGAUUAUUGGUGUUUUAUUAUCCAGUACUUAUCCUACUAUAUUAACAAAAAGUAAUUCAUUUGUGUUUUUAACACAUAGAAUAGCUCAAGGGUUAUUAGAAGCAAUAAUCAAUGUAGUAACUGUGCAUUUAGUGUCGCAUUGGACCACGAAAGACGAAUACACAAUUGUGUUAACGUUAUGUAAUGCGGGCGCAGCUUUGGGUGCGUUAUAUCAUGAAAUAUUAACAUAUGCUUUACUCUUCGUGAGAUGGGAUAUAAUGUUUUAUAUUAUUUCUGCGUCGUAUGCCGUCACUUUGUUAUUAAAUAUUUAUUUUGUGUACAAUAAUCCUCUACAAUCGCCGUUUGCUAGUAAAGAAGAGAAAGAUAAGGUGAUGCAAGAAUUGGGGGAAGAAUACCCUGAACGUAUUCCGUGGAAACAAAUUGGCCGAGAUGGUUCUAUAUGGGCGUUAUUACCUGGGCAAUUAGGAACGGAUAUAAUGAGAAUUUUUCUUUUCGUCUAUAUUUCUAAGUAUCUAAGAUUGGUGAUAGGAAUAAAUAUUUUUAAAUACUAUUAUUACAUGAUUAUCUGUCAUAUCGGAACGGUGUUUAUGCCGAUGUUGUGGUGCUUAUUAGCCCAGUACUUUAUUAAUAAGAAGAUGAUGCCCGUUUUGUAUGUAAGAACAUUUUCAGCCGGAUUAGGAAACAUUAUGCCGUUUAUUUUCGUGAUUUUAUCGACAUAUAGUGGCUGUUUAGCAGAAAGUAUCAUAAUUUGUUACACCGUGGGGUCAAUCAUUCGCGAUCUCUCUUUAGUUGGUACAGCAGUUAAUGUGUUAGAUAUAACUAGAUAUUACAGUGGAUUAAUAGAGGCUAUCACCCACGGUAUUGGACGAGGAGUUGGUGGUCUCAUCGUAUCUAAAAUGUUGUCACAUGUGCGAUUAGAAACAAUAAACGAUUUUCGAUUAGCAACAUGCGCUGUGGGUUCUGUAAGCAUGUUUCUUACAAUUUUAUAUUACGUAUGGGCCGAUGCAAGUAGAGCGAAAUGGGAUACUAUUGAAACGGAAGAAGAUGUAAUCGGGUUAAGACUACAUAAGAGGCAAAUCCAAGAAAAUCCUAAUAUACAUAGUAUUCAGUUUUAAAGAUGUUUUGAAAUACGACGAACGAUAAUUCAUCUUUUUUUUUGUAUGCGUCGGGUAUCAAUGCACCAUCGUUCGCCUCGAUGAAGAAACCUAAUUGGUCUUUCAAAGAUGUAAGGUGGCCAAAGAAAUUUUAGGUAAGAGGAACGUUGUGGAUCCAGUGGAAUGUUAAUGGUCCAUUAAGUUAACGAGAAGUGGUAUUUACAUGACAAUGAAAUGUUUACAAGUGAUUGUAAAAGUAGCUCAUUGAGUAUAUAAAAAAAUAGACUUUGUAACUAAUCGGUAAA